AUGCGUUUUCACUGCCGCUGCAUAGAGAAGAUGUGCCGCAAUUUUGUCUUCGGCUCUCCGAUACCGCUUCUGUCCGUCAGUAAAGCGUGGAACAUCUUGAAUGAUGUCUAUCAGUUUGGAGGGCUCAACGAUCACAUUCUUCAAGCCGCCCGUGACAGCUGUUUUAUAACACGCUUCACAGCAGGCACAUUCCAGGCCUUCGCCCAGGCCGUCCAGAGAAAGGAGGCCGCAGCCUAUUGGAUAAUUAGAGUCUAUAAAGGCCACGACUCUUACACUCUCAGCUCUACCAUCGAAGUGAGACACAAAGGAGAAGCAGCCGCGCGUUUCUCUAUGAUCUGUGACAUCUCGCACAGCUACAUACAAGCUAGGUCUGCAUUCGACGUCCCUCUCGCAUGUGACAAGUGCAUCGCUGAAUUUGCAGACAAGCGAAUGGGGGCACCUGCACUGAUCUCGUGGUCUCCUCGAUGCACUGUAUUUAGAGCUGUUCCUCAAACGCUUCGCGGAACGUUUCAAUCUCCUGCCAAUCGACUGUCCACGAGUCCUCCAAGUCCAGCCAAGGCACUGGUUAGUAAGGGUGUUAUUGUUCUAACGCCGCGUUCUCCAGAAUCUCGCUCUGUCCCAGCACCAUCCCACAGAAUCCCAUCUCCUCAACCAUAUACGUAUAGAUAUGCUCUCUGUGCACGUCCUUCGUCUUUUGAGCAAUCACCUAACAGAGACACUGGCAUGUACAUUGGUAUGCCGCAAUCUGACUCCAGAGAUGGCGAAGAGGUCCUCAGGCCUAUCUUUCCAGUUUCCUGCCGAGCCAUGGUUGAUGAAUACAGCUACUAUUCUUCUAUGUACUGCGUCUCUGCGUCCUACAUGUUUUCAUCUCUGGAUGUUUUAGGAGAGCUGGUUUCUGACCGUGUCCUCACCGACAUAUCUGACUUGAUGGAUCCAAUUGCGAAGGAAGCGCAGGAUUUCGAGCUCUCGUUUACCGACUUAUUUACUGACUCAGAAAGCACGGAAUGCGUAAGCACAAGCACAGAAGGCGAUAAGAGCAGUAGGGAUGAUAUUAGCGAAGAUGACAUUAGCGAAAGUGGGAAGCAGGAGGAGCAUGAGACAGAACCUCCUUUAAAGCAGCAGGAAAGGGGGGACGCAAACAAUAGACUCUUCGCUGAUAACAUUAGAAGGGCUAAUGGAACUAAUAAGGCUGCACGGAUGGCAUCGCAGGUCCUAAAACGUAUAGAGAACAUGAACUCUGUGGCCCCAGGGGCAAGUGGGGACAGUCAGGUGGACAGUAAUGAGAUAGUGCCUAUCGUAGGAGAAGCCGUAGAAAAGAUCGAAGAGACGGCAACGGACAAAUACAUUCGCUCAAUGCCUCUACACUAUCCUAUACUGGCCAUUCCGUGCCCCGAUUCUAAACCCUAUGACUCCGGACAGCAUCUUCUGUCGCCAUCUUCUGGUACAUCCUCUCCAGCCAAAGGACAAAGGCUUUCAGACUCAUCCAAGGUCUAUAACCACAAAACGUUCAUGAACCUCGAAGACCUGGUGCAGCACUUCUGCUCUUUAAUUGUGGCUGGGAAGAUAGAUAAAUAA